CAGUGCAGAAAGCAAAAAUUUCUCAUUGACGUGUUUAUAUUACUAUGUCUAAAAGAAAAUAUACUGAUUCUAUGUAAAACUGCUGUUCAAGAUUUAUAUAUUUUUAAGAAAAUAUUCCCUCUCCUCUGCAUGUAACCUAUUUUUCUAACAUGUUUUUAUAAAUAUUUUUAUGGAAUGAAAGUGCACUCAUCUGACAAAAGUCCGGUUACUGUACACAAUGUUUGUGCAUUUGAAUAUGUUACUGAUUCAGAGUGUUUUCGAAGGCCAUCCCUUACGAUGAACAGUGUGAAGGACUCUGAGCAGGAGGGGUUCAUAUUUAGGCAAAGAAAAAUGGUUCCAAGAGCAGCUUGUGUUGCUGACCAUGAAGGAAUGGAGGAGGGCUCCAUUGACCUCAAAGAAAUGACAUGUAUGACAGAUUUCAGCAAAGAGACUCUUAUUGCCAAUGAUGAACUCCUACCUAAAGCUUAUGAUAAAGAUUCCAAGAGUGUUUCCUGGAAAUUUGACACAGAUCAAAUUGUUAAUGAUACAGAAAGUAGAAAAACACUUAUAGAAGAACAAAUUGUAAUUGCUGAUUCUAAAGAAACUAUGCUGUCCAUUACAUUUCAAGUAUUUGUGCCUUUUCUCAUUGCUGGUUUUGGUACUGUUGGGGCUGGACUAGUCCUCGAUGUUGUUCAGCAUUGGGAAGUUUUUAGAGUUGUUACAGAAAUAUUUAUACUAGUUCCUGCUCUUCUGGGUCUAAAAGGCAAUUUAGAGAUGACAUUGGCAUCUAGAUUAUCCACCCAAGCAAAUUUAGGCCACAUGGAUACUUCCAGGGAACAAUGGAAAUUAGCAACUGGGAACAUGGCUCUCAUUCAGUGCCAGGCAGUAGUUGUUGGAUUCUUAGCUUCAUUAUUUGCAAUGAUUAUGGGCUGGAUACCAGAAGGGCAUUUCAAUGUAGGUCAUGCCUUGAUUUUAUGUGCUGCUAGUUUGGUAACAGCUUCUGUAGCUAGCUUUAUUUUAGGUUGUAUUAUGGUUGGGGUUGUUAUAUUUUCCAGAAAAUGUGACAUAAACCCAGACAAUGUUGCUACUCCUAUUGCUGCAUCUUUAGGAGAUUUAACUACACUGUCUCUUCUGGCCAGCAUAAGUUAUGUUUUAUAUGGUAAAUUAGAUUCCCCUGGUUUCUCAAUAACAAUUAUAAUAUUCUUCCUUUUACUAAUUCCUCUUUGGGUAGCAGUUGCAAGGCGUAAUAGGUUUACGAGAGAAGUUUUACAAUCUGGAUGGACUCCUGUUAUAAGUGCAAUGGCAAUUUCAAGUGUGGGUGGUUGCAUCCUUGAUUUUGCAGUUGGUAAAUUUCAUGGGAUAGCAGUAUUUCAGCCAGUCAUUAAUGGCGUUGGUGGCAAUUUGGUGGCUGUGCAAGCUAGUCGAAUUUCCACUUCUCUUCAUCAGAGAUCAAAAUUAGGAGUAUUACCACCAGAAGAUUCAAACUUGUGCAAGGAUCCUUUAUCAGCAUUUUUUGGGAAAAGUCCACACUCAGUGACUGCUAGAGUUCUUAUGUUGAUGGUGGUUCCUGGCCAUCUUGUGUUCACUUAUGGCAUUCGAUUUAUUAACGCUGGUCACACAUCCAUCACCCCCACCUUUUUAACAUUUUAUUUAUUAGCAGCUGUUAUACAGGUAUCUUUAUUGCUCUAUUUUGCUCACAUCAUGAUUCAUUGGAUGUGGAUCAAGCACAUUGACCCAGACAAUUCCGCCAUCCCUUAUCUCACUGCUUUGGGAGAUCUGUUGGGCACUGCUUUGUUAGCAAUAGCUUUUGCAUUGUUGUACAGCGUUGGUGACAGAGAUGCCGACGUUGGUGAUUAGCACAAAAACUGUUUAUAGCCAUUUUUAACAGACUGCUCAUCAACUUUUAAUGUGAAAAAAAUUAUUUGGUUGAAGUUAUAAUAGAUACGUUUGUUAGAUUUUUGAUAUUUUAUUUUCUGUGUUUUCCUUAGUUCCAAGAAAAAUUGUUCAUUUCUUACAAUUGUGUAUUUUGGGUUAGAAAUUCUAAGUCAUUUUUUACUUUAUACAAAAGCCUUAUACAUUUUAACCUUUGUCACCCAUAUUAUUUUUUACCCUUUUACACAAUGUUUGUACAGUAACAGUAUUAAGCUAAUAUGACAAGAGUUUACUAUCUUUUAGUUGUAAUAUAAAACUUGCAAUAUAUUUUCAAAGAAUCAAACCAACUUCAAUUCACGUGUUGAACUGCAAAAUGCUGUGGACACUCGCUUUCAAGGUAUAUUUAUUCUGUCUACCAGUUUGUUGGCUCUCUCAGCUUCAAUGAGAUGACAUCUGCCUCCAGCUCGGUUAUUCACUAAUCAAGACUGAUGAGUUCUAAUAAGAAUGAAACUGCAGUCUCUGGAUGUGAUAACUGGGCUGUUACAAAUUAGUAUUGUUGGAAGCCAACGUAAACCAUCUACCUUUUGUUAAAUGCCUCUGAAAACCUUUUCUCUUCAUUGUACAAAAAUGAAUUUGUACAACAGGAGUUCAUUUAGGAGGAAUUCUCUAUUUGCAGACCUUUUUAGAAAUUCCAAACUCUAAAAACUGAUGCUUUACAAAAUUCUGAAACCUAAAAAUGGAAUGUAGGGAUUGACAUCAGUGAAUUAAUUCCAUUUUGUUAACAACUUUCACAUAAAUUUGCAUUAAAUUAUUAUUUUGCAUUUGUUGUAAGUGAAUAUCAGUUAAUUUUUUCUUGAAAGUAAAUUUCACAAAAUUCAGUAAGUGUUUUCACAAAAUUCGAUCAGUUUUUCCCACAGUGCAAGAUCACAUAUUGUGAUGUUUCAAAGAUAUAGGUGAUGGAUCAAAAAAUUUAACGAUUUAUCGCUAAUGUUACGAUAAUGAAGUUAUUGUGAGAAGGUUGAAAAUAGAUGUACUAUUUUCCUUUCAUAAAGAAGUAUGGUUUUUUUCUUUCUUUUUUUGUUCAAUUUAAAGUUAUGGAAAUGUGAACACCAAUUUGAUUUUUGUUGUUUUGCUUUGAACAAAUUGUUCUGAAUACAUAUAAUAUAUCUUCUUUCCUACCCACAGACUUUUUUUCUCUUUUGAGUGUGUUUUUGACGAAUAAUCUUUAGCUUACUUCCUGCUGUGAAUGUUUAAGUCAUUUUUGUGAAUUAUAGAGAGGAGCUUUAACUUUCUGUUAUCCCGGUGAUUGUAUUUCUCUUUCUGUAAAAAAUUCUUGUCGAUAACUCUGAUCUUUUAAUUUAUAUUAUUUCAUUUUUCUGUUGUUUGUGUAAAUGCUGAGUUUUUGAUGGUUAAUUUAUUGACUUCUUGCUGAUAGUCAAAUUAAUUCUAGUUAAACAAUUUUCUUCAACUAAAAAAAAUGAAUCAAGUACUGUUAAACCAGUAUGCAAAUUAUCAACAAAACAAUGUGCUAAUUUUAAUGUCAUUACUCGUAUUUUUGAAGUAUUAUGAUAGUAUUUAAAAGUGUCUUUGAUUAUACAUAACAUACAGUAUAACUUUGAUUUAACGAUACCUGAUUUUCUCAAUUUAAUGAUACAUUUCACCAGUCCGGAUUUGACUGCAUUGAAUGUCUAUGCUUGUCGAUUUAAGGAUAACUUUUUCCAGUCCUUUGACAAUUGUUAAAUCGGGGUUAUACUGUACUGGAAAAAUUGCUCUUGUGAUUUCUUCCAUCUGAUGCUAACAAAACAUGAUCUCAUAUAGCCUGUUUUAAAAAAUAAAUAUUUGAAAUAUUUAUUAUUUUGGUUGAUAUUUUUAAAACCGUGUUAUUAAAAACGUAUAUAAUCUUAUGGUUCAAAUAUUUUUAAAAAGAUUUCUUAUGUGGAUGUGUAUGUGUGUAUGACAUAUUUGUUUGUUGCAGAUGCAUUUAUAUUUGGUGCUACUAAAAUGUAAUAUUUAAAAAUAAUAGUAAUUUAUGGUAUAUAAUUAUGGUAUAUAAUUUCCAAUAAAAAAUAUGUUUUUAUUGGAAAAAAUGUUAGCUAGUGGUCAUGGAUCUGAAAGUGUAUUUAUGAUUUUAACUUUCUGGUAUUUACCACAAGCAGUUGCACAUUAUAUUUUUACUGGCAUUGACUUUUACCUUUUUUCUUUUUCUUUGCUCUCUAAAUUGACAUUAUAUGAAUACACUUCAUAGUAACAAAAAAAAAAAAGUUAUUGUAUUCAAAUACUUAUAUUUGCAAAGUAAAGCUGUAAAAACUAUUUUUUUUUACUGAAGUUACUUAACAAAAAAGUAAUUAUCAGUUUAUAUCACUUCUGAAAGCUAAAAACAUAAAAAAUCUAACACUUCCAAAACAAGCAGCUGCAGUAACUCAAUGCAAUGGAAGUGCAUAUUCUUGUAACAUACUUAAAUAAUUUUGAAAACUAUUUAAAAACCAACUGAUGAUUUUAUUGGACAUUAAAGUGUAACAACCUAUUAACAAAAUGAUAAUUUGUAAAAUGAUAAUGAUAGUUAAGAAUUAGAACAAUUUAAUCAAAAGUGGAACUGGAUAAAAUUUACCCACAGCUCCUAUUCAACAGACUUAACAGUUUAGAAGAGGAUUAGAAAAGAGAGAGAAUGAUUUAUCAAGAUUACUUGAUACUAAUACUAGACCUGUCACUUGGGGGGGGGGGCGGAGAGGGCAAUUGACUCCCCCCCCCCCCCGGCUGGCUGUGAGAAAUUUACUGCAUUAAAAAAAGUGCUUAGUUUUUUUUUUUUUUUUUUUUUUGGCUGCUUUUCGGUAUAAUUUACAUAAUAGCAUGCAUUAAAUAACACAUUGAGCUAUGCCAAGUGAUGCUCUUCUUCCAACCAACUUUUUAAUUUACUGUAGAGAGUUGAUAGGUGACUAAUUUAAUUAAUACUGAUUAUAGCUACUUCAUUUUUUAAUUUAAGAUCAGAACAUUAGCUAGUGGUCUGAUUUAAUAUAUUUAAUGGUGUAAAGAAGCUACUGUCUUAAAAAUAGGAUGUGUAACCGCUUCUGCUAAAAUCCAAAGUGUAUGCUGUAUGGUUAAUUUCAUUCCCCUUAUGUACAUACAUUACUAUAAUAUUAAGAUCUUUUAACUAUUGAAUUAUGUCUAUUCAAUGGCAUGUUCUUUUAAGCCUUAAUUAUUUUAUGUACUUAUUAUUUUUAUUUUAUUGUUUGUUUUAUCACAUGUACUUAAAAACAAUUUGAAAUUUUGUUAAACAUUAUGUAUUAAAUCAAUCUUAUUAGACUGGUAAUCUACUAACUGGUUUUAGAUUUGUUAAAUAAUUUUUGAUUCACAAUGUGAUAGCUAAUACACAAUUUGUUUUUUACAUUUGAAUAACAUUGCUAAGAUAAUACACCACAGUUUAAUGUUUACAGCCAUUUUAAAAACCUUUGUUUUCCUUUUCUUUUUAAUUUAAAUUGCAAAUUAUUAAUUAAUAGAGAGAAAGGUGUUAUUUAUGUAACUAAAAAAUAGGUAGAGGGUUGUUUGACUCAAAUCCAUUGAGUUACUUUAUAAUCAAAAUUGAUCUAAAUAAAUUUUAUUGUGCUAAUAAAAAUUAUUGGAUUAGAUACUUAGAAAUUUAAACGUUAUCAUCGUUUUUGAAAGGACAUAAUACAUAUGAAUGAGUAUACUCUAUGGUCCACAGAGUGUUUCUUCUCAACAAUGCUUUUAGAAAAUAAUUACUAAAAGCAUCAGACACAUUAUAGAAAACUAGAAUUGUAGGCAACCUAUAACUAGACUUCAAAGUUACAAUCCAAACGUGAAUCAAAUUAUCAUGAACUUUUAGUCCCUGUUUGUAUCAAAAGGUGUUAAUCACCUGUAUAGGUUUGAACAUUUCAUACCCAAGUUUCAUAUUUUAAUGCUGAAAGGAGAAUCUUAUUCUCAAGCUACCUCCAUCCUUGAAAUGUUUUACAUAUCAAUCCCUCCAUGUAACUUUUUCAAAUGCAAUAUAAUGAAUAUUUUCAAAUUACUAUUAUUUCUGUUGAAUUCGUUAGGUUUUCUCCUUCUCACGUUUUUUUAACCACAAAUCUUGAAUAUAUUUUCAGUUUACUUUUUAUGAAUUGCAUUUUAAUAUGAAUUUUAAAAAAUGUAUGUAAGAAGGAUUACAGCUUUUAAACUUUGAAACUGAUUUUAUGAAGAAAGAUUUAAAAGAAUUGCCUCAAUAUUCAGCAUAUUAGAACUUCAUUUAGUAAAACAAUCAAUCAAAACUUAAAAGAAAUUAUGAAAUGUAUAGUGUUUAAGGAAAUAUUUUAAAAAAAAACCAAAUUAUAUCAAAAUAAUUAGAACUGUAAUGUGCAAUUGUAAAUGAAUCUUGACGUUUGUUAUAUCAUAUAUUAAUUGCAUUAACAUUAAGAUUUUUUCCGGAAAUUUCAAUCAAAAGAACAUGCAUCUCAACUUGAUGCAUUUUAAAUAAAAAAGACCUGAUACAAAUUUAACAGAAAUGCUGUAUAGAUCAUUUUGUUUUGUUUAAGUUAAGAUACUGAUUUUCAUUUAUUUAUUACAUUUGUUAUUAUUAUUAUUUGACUUUGCCACCAAUUUUAUGCAUUUAAAACUCAUAUGUGAUAUAUUUGUAUUGCCUUUCAGCCUUGUUCAGUAUUAUGGUGCUUUCCACAGAAGCAGAUUGAUUUAAAUUAUUAUUUUAAAUUAUAUAGAAUUAGUGCUUUAGUUGGAAAAACAUGUUUGUGGGAAUACAGUUCUGAUCUUUAUAUGUUAAAAAAAGUAAGGUCAAAGAAAUUGUGAAAGGAUGUUUGUGGUGGGCGUUCGUCCAAGAGACCCCAUAGAAUUUUUUUUUUUUUUUUUGCAUCCUUAUUAUUUUGUUCACAGCAAUAAUUUUUUUUAAAAACUAAGCUAUAUUUUAUGUAUAUUCUCACUAUAAAAAUUAAUUUAUUUGCAACAUAAUUUUGAGCUUACCAUUCUGCUUUUACAUCUCAGGAUGAAAUGUAAGCAUUUGAUUUUCCUUUUAUUGCAUCCAUAAAAAAUUUUUGUUUCCCUGCAUAUUCAAAUAAGAGACUGCAAUAAAUUAAUAAGGCCCGAGUGACAUGAUAAAACGUGUGCAUCAAAAUCCCACAUAUUUCGUGGUUAGACUAUAUAUUAUUCAUAUGAUACAAAUUCUUGGGCUUAAAUAUCUGAAGAGAAAGAUUAAAAAAUGUAAACAUAUUUAAUUAUGAACAAGAUAAUUUAGUAAUGAGAUUUUAAAAACCUUUCUUUUUGAAUAUAAUUGAUUUUAUUCGCCGAAAUGUCUUUUGUGUGUUUUCCUAAAAUGUUUAAGAAAUUUAUUAUAGUUGAAAAUUGAUUUUGAAUCCUUAUAUUACAAAUUGAAUGUUUGAUUGUGUAAUAAAAAUCAAUGAAAAGAUUUUGUGAGUAAUGUAAGAGUUGUUAUAAAAUAUAUAAAUAAAAUUUCA